AAAGGAGGGAUUGAAGGACACCGAUGCAAACGGCGAGUGAGGGAAACAACAAGAUGGUUGAUACAAUGUUGUGGCUCUUAAAAAUGUGGCUGCUCGUGGGAGACAGUAACACUUCUGUCAGUGUAAGGAGGAGGGCCAGGCUGCGAGGGCCAGGCCACCAAAACAUUAGCGAUGCAGCUCGUAGAGAGAUCAUGUGAGGAGCACUGGGGAGGUCGGAGACCGAGAGGACCAGAGCAACAAGGAGGGUGAUACCGGAUGGGACAGUGACGAGCAAUGGACCGAGAGGAGAGCGCGAAGAGAAAAGUUUGCACGCCUGAAACCGUGGAAGAGAAAGCUUCAACAUGUCUUUAGCGAUCUGAUUCGUUCUUGUCCUUCUCAGUGACUUUAUUGGGAUUCUCUCAAACAGCGGUGCGAGAGGACGGCAGUGCGAGGCUGCAGGACACGAGAGAUCCGGGGGAAAGGAGCUAAAUCAAGACGAGACUACGAGUGAGGUUUCAGAGAGAUAAAGUCUCUAAUCACACAGCAAAGAGAUUCCUUUAUCGUGGCAGGAUGGGGACCUGCUGCAGCCGCGACCCCACGCGGGAGGCUGGUCACGAGCUGGUUCCCAUCAAACGCCACACGGCCUGGCCAACGACGGCCAAGGUGGUCACCAACCUCGGUGAUCAUGAAUUCUCCACGUGGGAUCUGACGUGUGACACGAGUCAUAACCAGAGGACCACGGCGUUUCGCCAUCCUGUGAGCGGACAGAUUUCUGCGGAGAACAUGGAUUUUAUCCUGCAAGAACAGCCGCAGGGUGCUUCCAUGAUGUCCAAACCGGCGGGGGAGCAGUUCUCCAGCACCACCGUCAGCGAGGCCUCCACUGCCAUCACCUCCUCCACUGUGGACUCAACCUCUGCCUCCAAGGGCUCGCGGUCCGUUGGCAAAGUGCACAGCUUUGGGAAAAGGGAUCAGGCCAUUAAAAGGAAUCCCAAUGUCCCUGUGGUGGUCAGAGGAUGGCUCUACAAACAGGACAGCUCUGGGAUGCGUCUCUGGAAGAGGAAGUGGUUCGUCUUGGCUGAUUUCUGUCUCUUCUACUACAAAGACAGCAGAGAGGAGUUGGUCCUCGGCAGUAUCCCUCUGCCCAGCUAUGUCAUUUCACCCGUGGGACCCGAGGACCACAUCAGCCGCAAGUACGCCUUCAAGGCUAGCCAUACUGGCAUGCGCUCGUACAUUUACAAGCAGAGCUCUGUGAUUGGCUCGCAGGCGGAGCACACUGGGAUGCGGACGUAUUACUUCAGCGCUGACACCCAGGAGGACAUGAGCACCUGGCUGAGGGCCAUGAACCAGGCCACACUGAUGCAGAACAACAGCAACACACUCACCAGAACAUCUGACAAGUUCGAGACGUUCAACAUGUUCCAGCAGCAGGCCGUCCCGCAGAUGAACCACGUAAACCACCAGCAGGCCGCAGACUCUGAGACCAUGAGACCCAUCGUCCACGAGGUUCUGCUGGAGCCCAUACAUCAUGUGUCGGACGAGCGCUACAGCUUCCACAAAGAUUCUCCUGCCGCCGCCAUAAUGGAGCACCCCAUAGGAAGUGCAGAGCUGGAAAUGGACACACACACGUCCCUCCCCUCCAACCCGGCACCCUCUGCCCUCCCGCAGUUGGACCACAUGUCGGCCUCGGCGCCCGUGUCCAGGGUUCCGUCCCGGGCACCGUCACGAGCCGCGUCCACGCUGCCCUCCAGCGUUUGCACGAGGAACGGCCUCGUGUCCACGCCCAGCCCCAUCUUGGAGCCCAACGGGAUCGCAGCGGGGACGUACCAGAGGGUCCCAGUGCCGCCGGCUGCUGACGCGCACAAUCAGGUGCACAGGAGAAAUACUCUGGAGCAAGUGGAGCACUGGGUCAAAGUGCAGAAGUCUGAGCACAGAGGCCCCCCAUCCAGAGAGAACACCCUCCCUCGACGCACACCACCGACCCAGCACAAGUUCACCUCCAUAGAUGCGUAUCAGACCCUGCCAAAGACUCCUCGCCACAGCCCCACGCCCGCCCGACUUGGCGAGUACAAGUACGCCCAGGACCGCCUCAGCCACUUCCGCCUCACGCCUGACCCGGGGCCCAACACCGCCUGGCAGCUGUACGAGUGGCAGCAGCGCCACCAGUUCCGUCACGGCAGCCCCACAGCGCCGCUCUACACUCCGGCCCCGGACUACCCAUUCGGCCCCCGCCCCCCAUCCACCGUGCCUCCCCCCUCCUCGGCACCCAGGUCCGAAGGGUCGCCCCGCUGUGUGUCGGUACCGCCUUCACCUGCAGACAUCCCUCCGCCCGGGCCUCCACCCGGCUCCAGCAGAACCCUGUCGCCCACACGGAGGCCGCACACGCCAGCCGGACGCGUGACAGUCCGGCCUGCGGGAGAUAGGUCCAUGCUGGACGUCCCCUUCGCUGUUUCCCCCCGCAGGACCAAGUCUCAGAUGCUCAAGGCUGCUACUAUCGAGAGACGGUCAAUGCCUCCCUCUGGCUACAUCACACACACAGUCAGUGCCCCCAGCCUUCAUGGCAAAACGCCCGAGGAGCUCACCCUGCUCCUCAUUCAGCUGCGCCGGCAUCAGGCCAAGAUGGCGUCCGCCCGUCAGCUCACGUUCACCCAGCUCCAGCGGCUCAACGGCCCCAACGAGGCCUACCACCUCAACCACUUCUUCACCACUAGCGCCAGCCCCCUCCUCAGCUCCAGCCCCUCUCCUGUGUCCCACCUCGGACACGUGAGCCUCUCGGCUCCCCUAGGCUCUUGCAACACCCAGACUGACGACACCUACAUGCAGCUGAAGAAGGACUUGGAGUAUCUGGACCUGAAGAUCAGAGCUCUAGAGCCCCUGAUCCUCGCAGUUCACAGUUUACUACUGCACUACACUGCUGGGCCUCUCAGGCCUCUAAUGAACGUAGCCGGAAGUCAGAAGGAGUCGGGGAAACCCGUCAAGGUUGCAGAAAGCGACGUGGAUGUGAAGUUAAGUCGGUUGUGUGAGCAGGACAACAUCCUGAAGGAUCUGGAGGCGAGGAUCAGCGCCCUGAAGGACGACAAGGACAAGCUGGAGAGUGUACUGGACGUGUCCCACCAGCAGAUGGAGAUGUACCAGGAGCAGCCGGCCCACGCCCAGAAGAUCGGCUACCAGCAGAGGCUGCUGCAGGAAGAUCUGGUCUCCAUCCGGGCACAGAUCUCACGCCUCUCCACAGAGAUGGCACACGCCUGGGAGGAGUACAGCCAUCUGGAGAGAUCAGUGGAGCAGCUGAGGACGGCACUGCAGGCACACAUGAACCACAGCGCCACCCCUCAGCAAGAGAAAGGGGAGAUGAAGCGCGAGCUGUGGAGGAUCGAGGACGUAAUGGGGGGGCUGAGUGCCAGCAAAGCCAACUACAAGAUCACCAUUGACUCUGUCCAAAACCCAGAGAGGAAAUUAGUGCCUUCGGUGUCGGACUUGGCGGUGCCUUCUCUCAGCACAGAGGUCCAGCCUCCUCCUCGCAGCUCCAUCCGCUGCCAUACUUUGCCUCACAGCACCGUGCCAAAGUGGGCAGAAGACUCCGCCCCUCCCAGGCCACCACUGCCUCACCUGUACGACAACGAGGAGACGCCCCCUGUGGUGCCGCCUCUCCCUAAAGAGGCCUCGGUCGUCCGCCACAUGUCGGUGCGUGGGCUGAAACGCCAAUCAGAUGAGAGGAAGCGGGACAGGGAGAGCGGGCAGUAUGUUGUCAAUGGAGACUGUAAGACUGACCUGCGGUCCUACCUGAGUGAACCCGAGCUGCCAGCACUGAGCCACUACCAGUAUCUCCAGAGCAAAGCUCUGUCGGGCCCCUCGUCUCAACUGAACCAGUCCAACUCCAUCGCGUCCUACGUCACCCUGAGGAGAAGCCCCGGGAGCGCCGCAGCCAGGGAGAGACCCAAGAGUGCCUUGGAGCGUCUGUCAUCGCCCACAGAAGCCCUGCAGCUGCCGAGCAGCCAGCCUCGAGGGCGGAUGACGGCGGAGGAGCAGCUGGAGCGAAUGAAGCGCCACCAGAAGGCGCUAGUUCGCGAGCGCAAGAGGAACCUGAGCCAGGGCGAACGCUCCAUCUCCACCGUCACCACGCAGCGCUCCUCCUCCUCCUCCAGGCUGCCCUCCAGCACCUCCGACCCUCCGGCAUCCGUGUUUGAUUGGCAAGAGGAGCGACUGUCUGCAGAGGGUCAGAGCGACGAAGGGUGGAACCACGUGAAAGAGCGAGGGAGGAUCCGAUCAGACGAGUGGGUGACGGCUACAGCCACGCACGUGCGAGAGGUGGACGUGGAGCCUCUCGACUAUGACCUGGACAUCAGCCGAGAGCUCUCCAAACCGCGGAAAGUUCCCAUCCCAGAGCGCUACGUAGAGUCUGAUCCCGAUGAGCCUCUGAGUCCAGAGGAGCAGGAGGAACGCUCCCGCCGGGCCGAGCGCAUCAAGAACCUCCUCGCCAAAUCCAGUUAUCAGAACAUACAGCCGUCCGCUCCGCUGGACUUCGGUGAGCUGGACUCGGCUCUGCAGCAGCAGGAGAGGAUCAUGAACGUGUCCCACGCGCUCGCCUCCGAGGCCUCGCGCAAGAGCAAGCUGGUGGCAGGGACUGAGUGGCCGGAGCGUCGGUGAGCAUGUCUGCUCCGGGUACCUGCCAUUCCAGCCAAAGCUGCUGCACAGCACUGACCUGCAGGCUCCACCGUCACACGGAUUCUUCAUGAAGAAGGAUCGAAGCGAUUUCCAGCUGUUGCCAACUAACUGAUUUACUUGUAACAAAUCUUUUUUUUUACGAGUGAGAACAAGACACAUUUCUGUGAGUUUUGAUAUAGAAUUAAUUCUUGCUUCUGCACAAUUAAGAACUUAUAACGAGUGAAUUGCUUCUUUUUUAAAUCUGCAAUAAGCCAUUUUGUAGUUUGGUCUGUGUUUUUAUGAGUAAACACCAACGUGCUCAGACUACAGUAGGAAUGUUUUCACAUGAAUCCUUUAUUUAUUACAUUUGGCUAAAGAUGCUUGUUCAACUUCUGUAUAUUUUCAAUAUAACUGAUCACAGUCCUGUCAAUCAACUAACAUGCAUUAGAAAAUAAUAUGAUUAAUAAUUAAAAAAGGAAAAGACAAUAAAUGAGAAUUUUAUUUGGUGUGUA